AUGGAAUGUAUUGAACCUACCAAAGAAAUUAAAGCCAUUGAUACUUCCAACUGGCCUUUACUAUUAAAGAAUUAUGGAGAUUUGAACGUAAGAACUGGGCAUUACACGCCACUAGCUUACGGGUCUUCGCCACUUAAACGAUCCAUAGCUGAAUACAUUGAUUCUGGAGUAAUAAAUCUAGACAAACCAGCAAACCCUUCUUCUCACGAGGUUGUUUCGUGGGUAAAACGAAUUUUGAAUUGUGAAAAAACCGGUCAUUCAGGAACACUCGAUCCUAAAGUAACUGGAUGUUUGCUUGUGUGCAUAAAUAGAGCUACUCGUUUAGUGAAAAUGCAACAAUCUGUAGGUAAAGAGUACGUUGGAAUCAUAAAAUUCCACAACAAACCUAGUGGCUUAGCUGCAAUAACAAAAGCGUUUGAAACCCUUACCGGAGCUUUAUUUCAACGUCCUCCAUUAUUGUCCGCUGUCAAACGUCAACUUCGUGUUAGAACAAUAUACGAGUCUAAAUUGAUCGAAUACGAUGAAGCAAAUGGAAUUGCUUUGUUCUGGGUUAGCUGUGAAGCUGGUACAUAUAUUAGAACUUUGUGCGUCCAUAUUGGUAUGUUGUUAGGUUGCGGAGCUCAUAUGGCUGAACUGCGAAGGGUCAGGUCUGGAACCUUAACUGAAGAUACUAAUUUAGUUAAUUUGUAUGAUGUUAUGGACGCCAAAAAAUACUACGAAUCGACCAAAGAUGAAAGUUACUUGCGUAAAAUUAUCAUGCCAUACGAGACGCUGUUGCUUCACCUCCCCCGACUUGUUGUCAAAGACACUGCUGUAAACGCAAUUACUUACGGAGCUCAGCUUAUGAUUCCAGGAUUACUUCGUUUUGAAAACGGAAUUGAAGUGAAUACGGAAGUUGUUAUGAUGACAACUAAGGGUGAAGCAAUUGCCAUUGGAAUUGCCAAAAUGUCUACCAGCACGAUGUGCAGUGUAGAUCACGGGGUAGUUGCCGUGAUUAAACGAAACUUGAUGCCCAAAGACCACUACUCCGCUAAAUGGGGAUUUGGCCCUGUUUCAAGUCUCAAGAAAGAAUACAUCUCUAAAGGUUUGCUUGACAAGAAUGGCAAGGUCAAUAAAAACACUCCAGCAGAGUGGUUCAAUAACGAAGGUUAUCUACCACAUAUGCAGAGAUCCAUUCGAUCUUUACAAGAACAAUUGAAAGAAGAUAACCAACAGGUUAAGGAAUGCAAAGAAGAAAUUUUAGACGACCAACAACCUAAAUCUUCUAAAAAACGACAUCAGACGUCACAAGAUCAGCACGAGUCAUGCCCAAAACGAAAACAUUAUGAAUAG